GAGAUUUGUUUUCGAAAUUGUGAAAUCGCGAAUCAAGCUAUUAAGUAGAGGAAAAAGUAGAAGAAACGUUUCUCUUUUCGCUAAGUUGAUCGUGAUUUCGGUAAUUUUGUUGCUUCUGUCGCGUUGGGGUGAACUCUAGUGACUGCCACGUGGAUCGUUGAAAAAUGGCCGAGUCCCAAUAUUUCAGCGCAUGACGUGAGAUACCGAGGAAACACGACUAAUAGUUCCUUUUUAUGUAAAUCAAUCAGCAGUUAUGCCUCCCAAGUUUAGUCGAGUUAACGGCGAGGACAGAGGAUCUGCAAGACCUUCUGAAAGGGCAGGUUUGCUUGACGACUCAGAUGAUGAAGAUGGCUCCAACAUUUUUGCAGCACCAGAUGGAUUCCAUCACAUAAAACCAAAGCCCACAAUGAAGGAUGGCAUAUCCAAAGUCAAAUCUGAAAUUAAAGGUGUCAUGGGAAUAAUGCAAGGCAAUAUAUCUAAAGUCCUUGACAGGGGUGCGAAAUUAGAAGACCUGCAAGACAAGUCAGAGGAUCUUGAGAUGAGUGCAUCACACUUUAGAUCUGGAUCAAGACGACUACAGAGAAAGUUAUGGUGGCAAAAUUUCAGACUCAAGUUGAUCUUUGCCUUCAUUUUUAUCGUUAUUCUAAUUGUUAUCAUAGUUCCAAUCGUCCUCAAAAGUAAAAAGAAAUCAGACGACCCCAGCAGUUGAAGAAGUGUUUAAAGAAAUAUUAAUUAUUUGUAUAACUACAUGCAUGUAUUUACAGUGAGGGGGCUUACAGAUUUGUCCCUGGCCUGCUGAUGGCAUAUAGCAGAAUUAAUUACCCUGAAGUGUUGAAAAAUUUAUUGCAGACGUGUACUUGUACAUAGAAAUAUUAAUGUCAGAGUGUCAAGAUCAAAGGAAAGAUUGUCUUUUAAAUGUUAUGCAAGUCAGUUAUUUAUAGUAAAAUGGAUUUAUUGGCCCUCCGUGACCCAUACGUAUUGUAAAAUGUGAUCGGUGAUUCGUCAAACAGAAAGCAAUCUUUUGAAUGAGUAGGUUAUUUUAAAGGUGCUACGUCACGGUUUGUGCUUCCCGAAAAGUUUAGCCUAUUUUUUUUUUAAGUUCAUUGUGUAUAGACCGUGUUAAUCUUCUCAGUCCUUAACCAUCCUAGUUUCUCUAUGGUUUAUUACAUGUAUUAUCUCUAUUAUUUCCAUCAAUUUAAAGUUAAUUUUGCACAUGGGCAGAAUAACACAAAAUGCCGUGACUGAACUCCUUUCAGUGUGAAUGAAAUGCAUACAGUACAUAGAACUCAACCUCGAUGCCAGGCUUUCUCUCCUACUCCUCUCUUCUCGAGGGAUAGAGGAAAGGACUCUGGAAACAAGGUUGUAUACAACAGUAUGAGUGGUACCAUUUAUCGCAUUAUGCAAGAAUCUUUUCGUUGGGGGCGAGGAUAGAGUAAAAUGCAGUUUGAGAUUAUAAAGAGGUUGACGAUGUGACCCAAUGUAAUUGUUAGGAACUUCAGCCGUUGAGCAACAUAAUGCUUAGUUUUUGUUUGUUUGUUUGUUUCUGUUUUUGUUUUGUUUUUUGCCUUGCUGUUGUUAAGGGUUGCUUACCAUGUGUGUUUGAUCCAAUCUGGGUCAGACAGCAAUUGAAGUGACUCAUAUCAAUGAAAGAAUAGUUUUCGGAAACGCAAUGUCUCUUAAGAUGUUUAUUUUUUUUCCCGCCGUCUUUGGACUGUAAAGAUCUUGUCAAACCAAAAUGUUAUUGCACGGAAUGGUACAAUGUCCAUUUUCUCAGGGGGAAAAAAUGUUCUGUUGCAUUUGUCAAAUAAUUUUCACCUAAAAAUGCUACGCAUGUGGUAAUCAUACGGCAUUUGUUUUUACCAGUAUGGAGGUCCAUAUACAAGUAGACUGUAAAGGUUGCGUCAAACUUAAGUGUAAAUGCACCGAUUGGUACAAUGUUCAUUUUCCAAGGGGAAAAAAGUAUGCAUCGUUGCAUUUGCCUAAUGAUAUUUACUGAAAAAGUCCAUGCAUAUUGUAAUCAUACGUCUUUUUCCAGAAUACUCUCAACUUCACGUUAAAAUCAUAAGUUUUCUAUUUUAUAAGAGCGAAAUCAUAUGAGCUCUUUUCGAGGACGAUUUUUUUUUUUUUUUUUUUUUGCACUUACACCUUUUCCUCUAAUGAAGUAAAUAGUUUCACUCGAUAGGUUUACGUAAUAAUAUCCAAACCUUGCUCCUUCAUGGCAGGAUUGCCACAAGGUAGCUAUUUCAAUGAGUCCUGAAACAAAAACAAACAUUUUGAGUCAG